AGUCUCUCUUUCGUACUACGCGUUUAGCGUCUUUAGUUGAAGGCGUGUCAUUUUUCUAUUUGUUUGAAUGUACGAAUUAUAUUAUUUUAUUCGUAAUGAGUUCGGAAAAUAUAAUUCGUUUGAUCACAGUUUUAUUUUUCUUAACUUGCUGCAUUGAACAAGGUUUCUCAAUAAAAUGUUGGGUAUGCAGAUCCGAUUCCGAUCCAAAAUGUGCUGAUCCUUUUGAUAAUUCUACAGUACCAAUCACAGAUUGUAAGCAAGAGCCAGAUUUAGAACAUUUACCAGGUGUACGACCAACCAUGUGUCGUAAAAUACGUCAGAAAGUCAAUGGGGAAUGGAGAUAUUUUCGCAGUUGUGCUUACAUGGGUGAACCGGGAAUAGCGGGAGAUGAACGCUUUUGUCUUAUGAGAACCGGAACAUAUAACAUAUUUAUGGAAUAUUGUACUUGCAAUAGUAAGGAUGGCUGUAAUUCAGCAUCUAAGGAUUAUGGAAGUUUACUAUUACUCUUACUUACAAUGAUAAUUUCAUUAGAAUAUGUACUUCAUAUCUUUUAAAAAGCAUUGCCAAAAUUAAUGAAAAGAUCUGAAUUAUUAAGUAACUUAAAACUUUUACAAGUGCCUUUGUAACAUAAAUAAGUAAUUAGUACUUACGGGCAACGAUGAUGUAUCUGUUUAAAGAUUUACACAAAGAGUUCGUGGCAUAAUAUCUCUUUAAAAUCUAUUAUUUCGUACACACAAUCUAUCUUUUUAUAAAUAUUUUAUACCAAAAAUGUUUUUAUAUUUUUUACAAAUAUUAUAAACUAUACUUAAAACAUUGUUUUCCAUGUCAGUAUCAUUAGUACAAACAGACCUAACAAGAUUAACGUAUAUCUGAUAUAAAAUCAGAAUAAUUUUAAUUAAGACUGUUAAUGCCAUCCAAAUAGAUGCAAAUUAACUUAGUAAUAUUGGAAAUUGUGUGAAAGAUUUUUUUGUAUUUAUAUAUAUUACAUUCCUGUAAGAAAGUUAUUUUCUUAUAAGACUACCUGUAAUGCAUAUCACACUAGCAGUGUUGAUAAUAUUGUGUAAUAAUAAGCAAUUAAUAAUCCGUCCAAGAUUUAUAUCUGUCAAAUAUUUUAUAUCUCUGUAUGGAUAAUAAAAGAAAGAUGAAAAGAAAUAAAAUACAUAGAAGAAAAUAUAUUAUUAACAAUAUAUGGAGUUUUAAAAUAAUUCUCUGCGCAAAUAUCGUGUAUUCCGAUAGUAGUAUUUCACUUUAAAAAAAAUAAAACAAUAAAGAUAAUAUAUAUUGUAGUAAAAUAAACAUGAAAAUAGAAAUACGCCUAUUAUACAAUAUUACGUGAAAAAUACACAUUCCGCGCGUUUUACAUGAUCAUAAAUAAUUAAUUUUUGGCAUUGUCACUAGUCGUUACGAAUUCUACAAUUAUAUUAAUUAUAUUAAUAUAAAAUAAAUAUGUAACAACAAUUUAUAUAAAAAUUUGAUGAUUACAAUUAAAGUUCGUUUUUCAUUGAU